AUGGACAAGCUUAAUAAAAUAACUGUCCCUGCCAGUCAGAAGCUGAGGCAGCUUCAGAAGAUGGUCCAUGAUAUUAAGAACAAUGAAGGUGGAAUAAUGAACAAAAUCAAAAAGCUAAAAGUCAAAGCUCCUCCAAGUGUUCCUCGAAGGGACUAUGCUUCAGAGAGCCCCGCGGACGAAGAGGAGCACUGGUCAGAUGACUUUGACAGCGACUAUGAAAAUCCAGAUGAGCACUCGGACUCGGAGAUGUACGUGAUGCCCGCCGAGGAGAACGCCGACGACAGCUACGAGCCGCCUCCCACCGAGCAGGAGACCAGGACGGUCCACCCAGCCCUGCCCUUCGCCAGGGGCGAGUACGUAGACAAUCGAUCAAGCCAGAGACAGUCUCCACCCUUCAGCAAGACGCUUCCCAGCAAGCCCAGCUGGCCUUCAGCCAAAGCAAGGCUCAUCUCCACCCUGCCGGCCCCGACUGCUCUGCAGAAACCUCAAGUCCCACCCAAACCCAAAGGCCUCCCUGAGGAUGAGGCUGAUUAUGUGGUUCCUGUGGAAGAUAACGACGAAAACUAUAUUCAUCCUACAGAAGGCAGUUCACCCCCAUCUGAAAAAGCUCCCGUGGUGAAUAGAUCAAUCAAGCCAAAUAACUCCUCAAAGCCAGCCUCUCCUCCAGGAACAGUUUCAGGUCGAAACAGCGGGGCCUGGGAAACCAAAUCAUCUUCACCCGCUGCACCAUCCCCGCUGCCAAGGGCCAGGAAAAAACCAGCUACACCACUGAAGACAAGGCCAGAUGCCCACGGCACAAGCGCAAGCGCUGUCUUAAAGGAAAAACCUAUACCUGCUGAACGCCACCGAGGGUCUAGUCACAGACAAGAAGCUGCGCAGUCACCAGCGUUUCCUCCUGCCCAGAAACACAUCCACCAAAAACCCAUACCUCUGCCAAGAUUUCCAGAAGCGGGAAGCCCAACUGUGGAUGGGCCAUUACCCAGCUUUUCACCUAAUUCCACUAUUUCAGAACAGGAAGCUGACGUCCACUGUAAGCCAUGGUAUGCUGGUGCCUGCGACCGAAAGUCUGCUGAAGAGGCAUUACACAGAUCAAACAAGGAUGGAUCAUUUCUUAUUCGGAAAAGCUCUGGCCAUGAUUCCAAACAGCCAUAUACACUAGUUGUGUUCUUUAAUAAGCGAGUAUAUAAUAUACCUGUGCGAUUUAUUGAAGCAACAAAACAGUAUGCUUUGGGCAGAAAGAAAAAUGGUGAAGAGUACUUUGGAAGUGUUGCUGAAAUCAUCAAGAAUCAUCAACAUAGUCCCCUGAUUCUUAUUGACAGUCAGAAUAACACAAAGGAUUCCACAAGACUGAAAUAUGCAGUUAAAGUUUCAUAA